ACAGUCUCCCUACAGUCUCCGAAGCAACAGCACCAUUGGUGAUAGGAACGCUGUGCAGUUUUUCACUUCUUGUUUUUGAGGGGGACAAGUUUCUAAAUUAAAAACUUCGCAUAGAUCAACUUGAACGCAAAGAUGGAAGCUCUGAAAAACAGCAAGGCAGUGGCUGGAUCGGCUGUCAAUGGAGACGACGCAGAAUGCAAAGCAAUCACUAAUGGACUGCGAACAAUAGAUGUCGACAGUCUACGGCGCUCUCCUCGGCUAAACCGCGAAGAAAUGUUGCCGGCCAUGAUUGACUCCUAUCGCUCCUUGCUGUCCGAUGUUGGAGAAGACCCAUGUCGUCAGGGACUGUUGAAAACGCCGGAAAGGGCCGCAAAAGCUUUCUUAUUCUUCACAAAAGGAUACGAGCAAACGCUAGAAGAGGUUUUGAACGAUGCCAUUUUCGACGAAAAUCACGACGAAAUGGUCGUGGUUAAAGAUAUUGAAAUGUUCUCCAUGUGUGAACACCAUCUGGUGCCAUUUAUUGGUAAAGUCUCCAUCGGUUAUUUACCAAACGGCAAAGUCCUUGGAUUGUCAAAAUUGGCCAGGAUUGUGGAAAUUUACAGCCGCCGCCUACAAGUCCAAGAAAGAUUGACGAAACAAAUUGCGCUGGCCGUUUGCGAGGCAGUAGAACCUCACGGAGUUGGCGUCGUAGUCGAAGCAACACAUAUGUGCAUGGUCAUGCGAGGCGUGCAGAAGAUCAACGCCAAGACGAUCACUUCGGCCAUGUUGGGCGGCUUCCGCGACGACCCUAAGACACGCGAGGAGUUCCUGACGUUCGUUCGCACUCCUUGACCUCGGUUUUCUGGUAGUAGUAAUGUUUCAUCUCCUAGCCGGAAUACGACUCGAUCAACAUACUUAACGAAUGACAUCACUUAUUACUCGGUUCCUGCAGUCCUGCCUGAAGGUUGUAUAAACUAGUUUACCCAAGUUGCUGCGUUCAGGAACCAUGACCCUGCCACAAGAAUUUAUGAAUUAGUUUAUCUCGUGUCACAGUGGGGACCAUGACAUCCAUCAAAAACAAUUCCAAUAACUAAAAUACUCUUUAAUUAAAUAUUAUAAAAUUUGUUCUUCCCCAAGGGAUUUUAUGUACUAGUAGUUGUCUAGUGAGUAUUAAAAGAAACAUUCCAUUUCAUGGUUUGAAAAUAAUACGUUACAUUUUGGUGUGCUUGUUUAUUUAUAUCAAGAGCAUCGAUCAUGUCUAUUAAAAUAUAGAGCUUAACGGAAAUUGUACAAUAGAUUUUAAAUAAAAACUAUCGUCCUGUC